CAUCAACAGUCAUUCGUCUCUAAACAUUAGAAAAUACUUUAAUAAUAAAAAAAUAAAAAAUAAAAAAUAAAAAAUGGAAUCAAAAUCAUUUAUUAUGGAUGAAAUUAACGAUGUUAUCCGAAAGGCCGAGCAAAUUGAUCAAGCAAUGGAUGAGGCAGCAGUAGAAUUUAAAAAAAAAAUUAAAAUUAUUGAUAUAAAAAUAAAAAAAGCGGGUUUAAAACAAAAAAAAAUAAUGAAUGAAAAAAAAAAGAUUGCAAAUGAUUAUUUACAUUUGCUACAUACAGAUAAGAAACGUGAAAAAAAUAUUCGAAAAGAAUUAUCUAUAUUAUAUGCACAGUACAAUUAUAUGAACAAUGGUUAAUAGUAAUUCAUAAUUUUCUUGUUUUCAUUCAUUAUUUUUUCACCUCAAAACAGCUUUUUUUAUUUUUUAUGUUUUGUAAAUAUAUUCUAAAUGUAUUAAUUUAUUUGAAUGAUAUUUUAAAUAAAAUGAUCUUUCUACAUUAUUAUAUUUUUUUUUUUUUAUAUAUUCUAUUACAGUUUCAUCAUGAAAAGACAAACGGUGAGAAAAUGCCAGCGGACAAUUUCUACUGAUAAAGAAUUAUUCGAAAUUGAACGAUUUAAAAAAUGCUCGAAAACUUUUAUCAUAAAAAAUACAUUGGAUUUUAUAGAUUACACGCUUUUUUUUAACUAUAUUUCAGAGAAAUUAAUUUUUAAGUUAAAAGAAUCGUGUAAAAAUACAUCUAUAAAAUUUAAUUUAGUCGUGGAUAGUGUUUACGAAAGAAUUAUUACACAAGAAGUACAGGAUAUUGCAUUCAAAACUUUUAAUGUUCUUGCAUGUAAUUCAUCUAAUUUUAAAAAAAUACUAAACGAUAUGUUCAAUAAAUUGUUGCGGGAAGAGACAGAUUUUACACAGAAAGGUUCUGGAUGGACGCUUAAGGUAAUAGAAACAUUACAGUUGAGAAUCAAUAUAGUGAAUCCUCUUAAAGGAGGAACAUAUAUUGAUUUACCUAAGCAUAUUAAAGAUAAAAGAGCGAUUAUUAAUGUGAAAAAUAGUGAUAAUAAAUGUUUUAAAUAUGCAUUAUUAUCCAAGUUUGAUAAUCGCUCUAAUAAAACUAAUUUUCAUGAAAAAUAUUUUAAGAUGUUAGAGUUAAAAAGUAGUUUAAAUUUUAAAUGUGUUGAUUUUCCAACACCAAUCAGUCAGAUACCUAAAUUUGAACGUAUAAACAAUAUUUCAAUAAAUAUUUAUAGUUUGAAUGACAAAAAAACUAUUUUUCCCUUGUAUGUAUGUAAUACCGAAAGAAAUGAUCAUUUUGACCUAUUUUUGUAUAAUAAUGAUGAAACAUCGCAUUAUUGUUAUAUUCAUAAUUUUUCAAGAUUAAUCAGAAGUCAGAAAACGAAAAAUUGUUCGAAGCUAAUUAUUUGUAAGAGAUGUUUCACAACUUUUGGUACUCAACCGUGCAAAAGUAAGCUUUGGGGUGUAGAAGGAUUAAAUGAACAUCGACGCAAUUGUGGAAAGAAUCCGUUGGGGAGGCCUAUAAUGUUUGAAGAGGGGGAUGAUGAUUUCAUCUAUUUCAAAGGUUAUAAAAAAACGCAGAGGAUUCCAUUUGUCAUUUAUGCAGAUUUUGAAUGUAUAUUAACUCCUAAACAACCUAAUAAAUUCAUUAAUAGACGUAAAAAACAAAAAAAUCAGAAAACUCAUGUUACACAUUUACAUGAAAUUAUGAGCUAUGGGUUUUAUGUAAAAGUUGACUAUAGUAUUAUAUCGAAAGAGCUGGUAAAACAGUUUGAAAUUCCGACGAAAGUAAUUAUUUAUAGAGGUAAGAAAGCUGCAAAAAAAUUUAUGAAAAAUAUGAUCGAUAUUGGAAAUGAAAUUAAUAAAAUUUAUCAAAUUAAUACACCGAUGGACAAAUUAACUGAUAAAGAGGAACAACGUUUUCAAAGAACCAAGUUCUGUCAAAAAUGUUCAAAACAUUUUAAAAACAAUAAUUUGGUUAAAGUUCGAGAUCACUGUCAUUUUACUGGCAAAUAUAGGCAAUGUCUCUGUCUUCAAUGUAAUUUCGAAAUAACUAGUCCAUCGUUCGUUCCAAUAUUCUUUCAUAAUUUAUCUUAUGAUAGUCACUUCAUAAUUCGGGAACUAGGUUGCGAUGAUAAAGAUAUUCAUAUUAUUCCUAAUUCAUCGGAAAAAUAUAUAUCCUUUAGCAAGGAAAUCGCACCUAGAUUUAGUAUUAAAUUUGUCGAUACAUUCCGUUUUAUGAGUGAGUCGCUAAGUAAACUUGCAGCCAAUUUAUCUGAAGAUAAGUUGAGGUUUAGAGAAACCCUAAAAAUAUUUUCAAUCAAAUCAUUAGAUUUAGUUACACGGAAAGGAGUCUUCCCUUACGAAUAUGUCGAUAGUUGGAGUAAAUUAGACAAUGCUUUUUUACCAUCAAAGCUUGAAUUUUAUAACUCGUUAACAGAUGAACAAAUUAGUGAUGAAGAUUAUAGACAUGCAAAAAAUGUAUGGAAUACAUUUGACGUAAAGACUUUGGGUGAAUAUAGCGAUCUUUAUUUAAAAACUGAUGUUACCAUACUAGCUGACGUGUUCGAAAAUUUUAGAGACAUAUGUUUAUCUACUCUCAGAAUAGAUCCUGCUCAUUAUAUGACUGCCCCUGGAUUUGCUUUUGAUUGUAUGCUUAAGUAUACAAAGGUUAAAUUAGAGAGGUUAAAGGAUUAUAAUAUGUUACUCUACUUCGAAAAAUCAAUCCGAGGCGGUAUUUGUCAAUCAACUAAAAGAUAUGCUAAAGCAAACAUACCAAAUAUUGAAGGAUUGGACUAUAAUUCGAAUGAACCGAUUACUUGGAUUACAUAUCUCGACUGUGUAAAUUUAUAUGGAAAGUCUAUGUUGACAGAACUACCUUUUAAAGAUUUUGAAUGGGUUGAUGAUCUCGACAUAGAUGUAACUAAAAUUUCUGAAGAUUCUGAAGUAGGAUAUAUAUUAGAAGUUGAUAUCGAGUACCCUAAACAUUUACAUAAAACCCAUAAUGAUUUUCCGUUUUUACCGUUUAACGAAUGCCCACCGAAUUCGAAAGUUGAGAAAUUGUUAACUACUCUAUCACCGAAAAAAAACUAUAUUGUACAUUACAAAAAUUUAAAACAAGCGAUUUCUCACGGUCUUAAAUUAGUAAAAAUUCAUCGAGCUAUCCGCUUUUCACAAAAAAAAUGGAUGGCAUCAUACAUUGAGUUCUGUACAAAAAUGAGAGCAGAAGCAAAAAAUGAGUUUGAAAAAAAUUUCUGGAAGUUGUUAAUUAAUAGCGUUUUUGGUAAAUGUAUGGAGAAUGUCCGAGCAAGAACUUCUAUAAAACUGGUUUCAUCAGAAAAAAAAGCGAAUAAACUAAUGACAAAAACUAGUUUUAAAGACAGAACUAUAUACUCUAAAAAUCUCAUGGCUAUUCACCAACAUAAGGAAACUAUUAAAUUCGAUAAGGCAAUUUAUGUGGGAUUUGCAAUUUUAGACGUUUCGAAAACAUUUAUGUACGAUUUUCACUAUAAUGUCAUGAAGAAAAGGUAUGGUACUAAAAUUAGUUCUUUAUAUUCGGAUACUGAUUCCUUGAUAUACGCUAUUCAAACUACAAAUUUUUUCAAUGAUUUAAAAAAUGAUUUAUUACCAUAUUUUGAUACAUCUAACUAUCCCAAAGACCAUUAUUGUUUUAGCGAAUUACAUAAAAGUCAGCCAGGCUUUUUCAAGGAUGAAUUGAAAGGAAUUAUACUUAAAGAAUUCGUUUCAUUAAGACCGAAAUUAUAUGCGUACAAAACUGUAGACGGUACUGAGGAAAAAAAAGCAAAAGGCGUAAAGAAAUAUAUUAUUAAAAAACAUAUGCAAUUCGAAAAUUAUAAGGAUAUACUACACGCUUUUAUAAACCAUUUAUCUGUUAAAGAUAAAUUAACUCACAGGGUCAUGAAUUUUAUCCAAUCAAACAAACAUGUUGUUCAAUCGAAAACAAUGAACAAACUUGUUCUAAGCGCUAAUGACGAUAAACGUUAUAUAAAUGACGACGGGAUAAAUACUUUGGCUUAUGGUCACUACAAACUAGAUAAAUUAUAUAAUUAAAGAAAAAAAA